AGGUGUCUAAAGUAAAUCCACUCUAAAAAUAAAAACUACUUAUGUUUUCUUCCAUGACUGAGAAAAUAAACUGUAUUAUGCUGAUGCUAUUAAUUGAAUACUUAUUGUGCUGCAAAAAAUAAAAAUGUUCUUCUUUAUAUUGUUUGAAAUAAACAUUCAUAUUAAUACAAAAUAGUAUAAUAUGUCAUUACCCCGGUAAACGUAUGAAAUAUAUCUUCAAGCAUAAAAUCAUAACUGUAUUGUAUCUUUUGUAAUUCAAUUUUGCGUUGAAUUUGGUCCUGUCUAAUUCUGUAACAAAAAGGACGACCAAAUUUUCUAGAAACUGAGAAAUUGUUUGUAAAAUAUAAUCGCUUAUGUAUUUAAUAAAUUACACUGCCAAUCAGCUUAAAAAGUCAGCGCAUUUCAUUACCUCAAGAACCAAGUAAGCAAACCUAAUUAUUUUAUACCUGUAUAUUUAUACAAUACUUAUACCUGUCAAAUCAACUUUUAAAAAAAAUAAUGAUGCGUUCAGGAAUACUGAAGAAAUGGGUUAUAGGCAUAAUGAUGUUUGUUUACACUUCGGUACAUUCACUGGAAACCGGAUAUAAAUAUACGAAAACCAAUAUUGAAAAAAAUGAACUUUAUAUGGAACUAAAAUGUGGAUACCUGUUCGGCGGGUGUACACAAAUGCGGCUAGUUAAGGAUUUACUUGAAAAUCAUACAGAAUUGAAAGCAAUUGUUAACUACAUUAGUAGUUUGAACGGUAUAGUGAGAUCCCAGAUAAUUUCACUGUUCUGUCUGAAAGUAAAACGUAUUGGUGCCAUGUGGGCAUUACACUUGUUCACUAGUUUAAUAACGGCUUUUUACCAGGAUACAAAAAGUUCAACGGAAGACCAUCCGAAACUUAUCGAAACUAUCAGCUAUGUUAUCGAAAAACUGGACGACGACCUAUCCGGGUGUCGUAAGGGCAAUUUAUUCGAUUCGUACGAGAGCCACUUACGCUCAGGUCAGAAGUUGGAAUACUUUACUUAUAUAAAAACUAUACUACCACAGUACAUGAAACAGGCCAAUGCUCAGCUAAGAAGAAACAAAAUAAUUAGUGAUGGUUUGUUGAAAGAUAGGCUUGACUUAAGUAUAAAAUCUAAUUCGCUGUUGAUGAGCAACCUGGGGAUAAAAGACAAGCUUAAAUAUGACUUACAAAACGUGUACAACUUGAAAAUAACAUGGAAUAACACUAGCCCAAUACUGUGUACGGCAUGGGGAGAAGCGCGUGCACUGGACUGGAAAAACACCAACCUCCGACACAUAAAGUCAUACUAUAAUGCGUGUAAUGACUUUUUAAAAAUUAUCUUGUUUCGUCUGACGUUUAAACACAUGGCAUAUUUACGACCUUACGUUGGUAAAUUGGGUCGCUACAAAUUGUACGCACAAGAAUGGUACAAUAUAGUGCUUCAAUUCGUUACUAUUGUAAACUUGUCUGGAGAUCUAAAUGUAUUAAGGUUGCUGCAUUGCCUGAUGGAUUUAAUCAAUGGGGUACAGAUAAUAGAUAGUGUGGUUAGCUAUGUAGUUUCAAUACUCGUUACGCUAUGUCAGCCUUUUGGAUGCGAAGCCAGCUCUCCAAUCGUUAUAGACAAUCAAGAAUUAAAAAUAAAAUAUACAGGUCUGACUGAAGAAGAAAUACUAUCUUUGAAAAUACCGUUUAGUCCCGUGCCCAUUGAGUAUAAUAGUUUGGGUAACGCGAGAACUUUUCUUUCUCAUCUGAAAUUGGUUUUCAAUAAUGUCAACUUUAGUGUCAUUCGGUCAUUAACAGAAUACAUUGAUGAACUCAAUCCGAUAAACUGUGUAGAGAGGUCGGACGCUAGUAUUGUGGGAUUGGAACAUCUUCAUAUCAAUAUGUCAGAUUUUGAAUUAUAAUAGUCUAAUAUUUACAAUAAAACACUAUGCUAUUUAAAUUAUUUAGUUUUAAUUACAUUUUAAUAGUAAACGGAUUUGUCUGUAAUUAUAUAAAUUAUAUAUGUUAAUAUGAUUUUAGGAUAAUUCAGUUUCAUGAAAAUAGACAACCACUUUAAAGUUUUA